AUGCACAAGGCAGAAAAUGUGGCCGAAAACUUUUUCGCCGAUCCGAUGAAAAGUUUCGGUGUCGACUCACUUGAUUACAAAAUCACAUCUUGCUCUGGAAACACAAUCGGCCUUUGGGCAGUGAAGAAAGAGACAUCAAUCGGGUCCGUUUUAUUUUGUCAUGGGAGUGGAGGGAACAGGGCUUCUCCUCCUCAUCGACUUGCUGUUUUGAAAAACUUCACUGCCCUAAAUUUCAACAUUGUUUCAUUCGACUAUUCCGGUUUCGGUGAUUCUUCUGGAGCCCCAAACUGCAUCAACGUUGUGGAAGAUACAAUUUCUGCGUACAAAUUUAUGACUUCCCACUUCAAAGGCCCCUAUCUUAUGUACGGUCAUUCUCUUGGUACAGCGAUCGCCAUCGAGGCUACAGUUCGGUUGCAAAGUGAUGAGAACCCAGUCGACGGGCUAAUCUGCGAUUCCUGCCUUCCCUCGAUGCGGCGAGAAAUGCUCGAGUAUCCCACUGUACAGCUUUCCCAUAACAUGUAUAACAAUGGGAGAUUCAUGAGUCGGCCGAAUUUCCGCCGGCCGAUGAAGAAGAAAAAGGGAAAUGCCCUCGCUCACUUAGAGAAAUUCACUGCUGUUCAGCAACUCGCCAUAUUUUGCCCAGAUCUGAAAAUAAACAUCGAACAGCAUCCCACAGAAGCGCAGUACUUCAAAGCGUCUUGCUUCAUGCGCGGUCGACAAGUCGAAGCUUUUCACAAGGGCAAAAAGAAUGCGAGGCAAGCACUGUGCUCAAAAAUUAUCAAGCAAUUCAAAUUGCUCGACGAUUGCCGGGGCGACGGUGCCUCUGAAAGCAUGAGCAUCGGCGUGCACCUCGAAGAAGAGCUUCCAAGCUGUGUUUCUUCUGCGAAAAGCGAGCCCACUUCAUUCAAAUCCGAGAUCUCCAGCGAACAGCUCCAAUCAAUGGAAGUGAUCAUGCAGCAAGAACCGGAAGUUAAGAAUGAGCAAGCAGGGCCUCUUGCGAAAGCCCACGGUUAUACCGGUUCUUACAACUCAUCUUCUCUUCUCAAUGAUUUGGACAAAAUGCCUGCCCAGCCGAUGGAAACAUCAAGCCAACCUUCAUCUUCUAACUUGAUGCCACCACCAGUUAUUCAUCGCGAAGAAUACAGACUACCACCAGCUCGAAACGAUAACACGAACAAAACGCCGAUCUCUAUUCUCCACGAAAGAAUGAGGAAAGACGUGGACUUCCAAUUCGCAGAAGCUGUCCGUGAUAUAAAUACGGGUCUUUUCAUGGUCCGAGUCGUAUUCACUGAUGGAAUAAUGUUUGACGGAUUCGGCAGAAACAAGAAACUAGCAAAGCAUCACGCCGCUGCUCUUGCGCUAGAAAGUAGAUUUAACAUGCCACAGUUUUCUCUUCCUGAAGGCGCUGGGCUCGGCAAAGCCGACCAGAAAAAAGCUGAUAUCGGUUUGCUAAAGGAGAUUGAUGUAAUGAUCGGGAAGGCGAAGAAAGAAAGCUUCCCCUCGCCGUCUAAAGAUCCCUUGUACAUCGACCCGGCGAAAAUUAUCUCGAGGGUAAAUGAGCUUCAUCCAGGCAUAGGCGCAUUGGUCGUUACUACACAAGAUGACGGAAAACAACCAUUGUUCCAUUGCUCUGUUACUGUAAAUGGCACUGAAUUCAUGGGUCACGGACGAGCGAAGAAACAAGCCAAGUUUGACAUGUGUUCGAAAAUAAUGCGAGAUCUGCAUGGCUACAACUUGAAGGCGCCCCGCGCGGGCCAAGAGAUCUUCUGUUCUGAAGAUAUACAAACUAGAGGCCGUAUAGCUGAUAAGAUGCAGGAUGCCAUUGUGAUGAAGUUCAAUGAACUCUGCGCGAAAGGAGUCGAUCAGGAUGCACAUAAAAUGAAAGUACUAGCUGGAAUCUGUAUGACAAGAGAGCCAGUUACUGAUGAAUCGGAAGAGAUCCCGACGGUCAUCGCUCUCGGAACGGGAACGAAAACCAUGACUGGCGAGCACGUUUCUACCGUUGGAACGGCAGUUAUUGACUGUCACGGUGAAAUCAUUAGUCGACGGAAUUUGAAGCGAUUCUUUUACUCCGAACUCCAAAAAAUCGCCAAUGGAGAGGGCCUCGCUUCCAUUUUCGAAAGAAAGAAUGGCCAAGGAAAAUUCGCACUUAGAGACGGGAUUAAAUUCCAUCUUUAUAUCAACACCACAACGUGUGGUGAUGCGCGUGUUUUCAACCCGAAUUCCAAUGAUGAUUUUGAAGAUUUUAAUAGUUCCAGAAUGAGCCGAGGCAUUCUUCGAUCAAAGAUCGAAAACGGGGAGGGAACAGUUCCGAUUAACAAAGAAGAGUCAGUCUUAACAUGGGAUGGGAUCAUUGGAAACGCUCGACUGAAAUCAAUGAGUUGUUCUGACAAAGUGAUGCGCUGGAAUGUUCUUGGUUUACAAGGAGCUCUGCUGAAUCAACUCAUCGAGCCGAUCUAUCUCUCUAGCAUCUCUCUUGGAGGCCUGUAUCACCGUCAGCACUUCCCGAGAGCAAUGUUUGAGCGAAUUGAAAACAUCGGCACUGAUUACGCUUCCAGCUUCAGGCUCAACAAGCCAAUGAUGUCUCCGUGUGGAACUGAAGAGCCAAGAAGGGCCAAAAACACUCCUCCGUUCUCUAUCAACUGGUGUAUCAUCGACGAAAAGCUUGAAAAAAUCGAUACAGUAACGGGUAAACAGAUGACAAGAGAGCCUUCGAGAUUAUGUAAACGCGAGCUUUUUCAACUUUAUCUGCGAACCAUCGAGCAGCUGGGCCCUGUGGUUGAUAAAUCCUACGCGCAGAAGAUUCAAGAGAUAAAAACGAAGAGCUACUUGGACGCUAAGAACUUAUCAACAGAGUAUCAAACUGUAAAGAAUUCCCUCUACGAAAAGAUGAAGGUUGCCAAUGUUGGAUAUUGGGUGAAGAAACCUGAAGAGUUCGAGAGCUUUUCCAUUUGA